CUUACUCCACACCUUGUGCGCCCUUCAACUGCCAUUGUCGUUACCUCGGGGUUCAAAAUGCCGGUAAAUAGCCAGCCAGCCAGCCAGCUAGCUACCUGGUAGCUAACUAUCGAAGCACGACACCGGCCUGACUGAAGACGUAGGGUAAGUAGGUAGAUAGAUAGGUAGGUAGGUAAUAAAUAACUAAGCAGUAUAUAUACCUAGUCUUUAGGUUAGCCUGUUAGGAUAGAUAUAUGCCUACAAACCCCCUCCAUAUGGCUUUUCGCUUUCGAACGAUUCCUCGACUCUUCCAACCAGCGCUAGUCCGAGUCCAACCCACCACCACAGUCACCGCAGUCACCACCACCCGUAGAUUAUUAUUCCGUGGCCCCGUCCAGAUCCAAAUGGCGUCUUCUAUUACCGCACCGCCGCCGGGCAAAUGUGAAUGGCUUGUGGUUGUACCCGACAAGCCGGGGACCCGAGAGAAGAGGCUGGAAGUGCGCGCCCAGCACUUUGAGGGCCUGAAGCCGUACGUCGAGUCUAAGCAGUUCAAGACCGGAGGCGCCGUCUUAAACGACAAGCCCGAAAGCGACGACCCCGCUACGUUCGACUGGUACGGCAGCACGUUGGUGCUUGUCGCCGAGUCUAAGGAAGAGGUCAAGGCUAUCCUCGAGAAGGACAUAUAUACCAGGACGGGAGUGUGGGAUACCGAGAAGGCUCUAAUAUUAGCGGCCAAGUAUGCGUUCAGGUUCCCCUGAUUUCUAGAUUCCGGACGUUUAAGCUAGACAUAUUCUAAAACACUCAAGUCCCUUCAUAAUGUAUUCAGUUCAUGUCGAUAAUUAUAAUGACAAUGGCUACAUCUAUCAUAGGUCUAUACCCGUUGCUUGCACGUGUCCUACUUAUAGU